AUGUCGAUGCUUGUGAGAGCAUUGCGUGCCACACACGCACAUAUGGCGUGCAAUCGAGCGUCAGUCGCAGUUCUGAAUAGCGCUCAGUCCCAUGUGUUCCGUUUCGCUCAUACGGAAGCUAUUGGAAAGGACGCAUCGGAGCACGUUGAGCCAGCACAACAAGAUUUGCCCUCUGCAGCUCCGGCAGGAACAGUUCUCUCAGGACUGUCAAUAUAUAAGGAUAAGCCCGACCCUAUCGCAAAGCCUGAUCACGAGUAUCCCAGCUGGUUAUGGGAUUUGCUGGAAGAUCCUGCGAUCAAACCCAAAAAGGCCCUCGUGAUAGGUGAUGUCGACACGACAGGCAUGUCAAAGGGUGAAGCGCGUGCUGCCUUGAAACGCGGUGCUAAGAUCGCACGCGCAGCUGUCCGAAAACAGGCGAUGAUGGAAGCGAAGGAGAAAGCUCGCCUGGAGCGCAUGACAGAUACACAGCGAGCAGCCCUAGCAGCUGAGGCAGAAGCUAAGGCCAAAGCCAAGGCUGAGUCUAUGACUAUAACCGACACAUUAGAGGAGGAACGUUCGCAGCGUCGUGUGCUGCGAAAAUCACGGAGAGAUGCUAUUAAAUCUAGCAACUUUGUGCGCGCUGCCUAG